AUGUUGGAGAAUAAGAGAACCCCAAAGGGAAAGGGGUUCUAUGUUAGGAUGAAGCUUAUGCAAAAACAUAUUAGGCCUCAACAAGAUAAAGUUAGUUACUUUUACACUUAUUACAAAUGGGUUCUUUGGCUUUCUCUCUCCCUCUAUUUCUUUACCUCUUAUCUCAUCAGCAAUAAUCACCAUACCUACACCCAUACCAAACCAACCUCUCAAGACACCCUUUUCCAAUCCAACAAUAGCGUACCUCGUAACAUUCUAGGUAAAAAACACAAAUUCUUCAUGAUCCAUUUUAUUGCAGGGAAAUUGAAUAAUUUGAAGGUUUUUAUCUACGACCUUCCUCCAAAGUAUAACACCGAUUGGGUCGUGAACGAGAGAUGUAGAAGCCAUUUAUUUGCGUCGGAAGUGGCUAUUCACAGAACAUUGUUAACGAGCAACGUGCGCACGUUCGACCCUUAUUAUGCUGACUUCUUCUUCGUCCCUGUCUACGUGUCCUGCAACUUCAGCACCGUGAAUGGUUUUCCUGCGAUUGGCCACGCGCGUUCCCUCAUCGCCUCCGCGGUGCAACUCGUCUCCACGGAGUACCCUUUCUGGAACCGAAGCAGAGGAUCCGACCACGUCUUUGUCGCUUCCCACGAUUUCGGCGCAUGUUUCCACACCCUCGAAGACGUGGCCAUAACUGAGGGGAUACCAGAAAUAUUGAAAAACUCGAUCGUGUUGCAGACGUUCGGCGUUGUGCACAAGCAUCCGUGCCAGGACGUUGAGAAUGUGGUUAUCCCGCCGUACAUUUCGCCGGAAAGUGUAGGGAGAACUCUGGAGAAAGCUCCGGUGAACGGACGGCGAGACAUUUGGGUGUUCUUCCGUGGCAAAAUGGAGGUUCAUCCUAAGAACGUCAGUGGACGGUUUUACAGCAAGGGAGUUCGGACGGUUAUAUGGAGGAAGUUCAACGGUGACCGGAGGUUUUACCUGCAGAGGAAUAGGUUUGCCGGUUACCAGUUGGAAAUUGCUCGGUCGGUGUUUUGUUUGUGUCCGUUGGGGUGGGCCCCGUGGAGCCCGAGGCUGGUGGAGUCAGUUGCGUUAGGGUGUGUGCCGGUUGUUAUCGCUGAUGGGAUCCGGUUGCCGUUCCCCUCCGCCGUGAGGUGGUCGGAGAUUUCGGUUACGGUGGCGGAGAAGGACGUGGGGAAUCUGGCAAAUAUCCUGGAGCGCGUGGCGGCGACGAACCUCAGUUCCAUACAGAGGAACCUGUGGGACCCAAGGACCAGGCGGGCCCUGCUUUUCCACGAUGAAGUCCAGGAAGGUGACGCCACGUGGCAGGUUCUGGUUAGUCUGAGUGAGAAGCUGGCUAGGUCCUACCGUAGGUCAAUGGACACGUGA